AUUGUAAAAACAUCUCGCUAAUUAGGUAGGGAGUCACGUGGUACCGUGACGUCAUAUGCGACCUUCCUCGAUCAGCUUAUAGUAAAAAUAGUGUGGAAAUCUUAAAGAACUCAGCUUUUAAUCACCAUUAUUCACCAUGGACGACAUCUGUUCCGAUUUUGAGGAAAUUCCCGCGAAUCUUCACAUUCAACCUUAUAUGUUUGAACCACCGGUGCGUUCAAAUAGGAAUGUAAAUACCCAAGAAAGUAGCGAGGAAAGCGAAGAUGAAAUCUGCAAUGAUGAGAAAAUUGAUCGCCGUCGGAACACUAUUUGGUGCGAGUGUGGGAUUUGUGAAGUGAUGGAGACCAGAACAGAAUGCAUAUGCUGUGCUGAGAUUCCAGUCAUAGAUGAGCUUCGAGAGUCGAGUGACCUUGAAUGCAUCACACAACACAGAACUUUCAUAGACAAUUGUUUGAAUGCACGAGUACUGGAAGUCAGUCUUUAUUUUCCUUCAGUUUAUCUGGAUCUCUGUCCAACUGCUCUUUAG